AUGUAUAACUACCUAGAUGUUGCCGACGAAACUAUAACCAAACUGCACACGAGUGCCCAGGACCAACUACCUGUUGUUGAUCGCAUUCUGGAGGCGCAAACCAUCUCAACUCAUUUCCUUCCGUUUGCGUUCGGCAAGCCUCUCGCGGACGGCACCUGGUCUGAGGAGACCCGGACCGAUGCCACUCUCCUCGCAAUUGAUGAGAUUGAUAUCUUACAGGCCAAUUACCCUCCAGGCUCUAUCGAGCCAUCCAUCCUCGAUCGUGUGUCGAGCAGGAUCGGCUCCGUAGACGAUCACGAGAGACUCUGCAUCAUCGGCAAAAACAUCCAAUCGCUCAAGUCUCGUCUAUGGGAAGGCAUCAUCCCCAUCAGCGACCAAAGAUGGCGGGAAAAGGGCCUCGAUCGUCCCGAAAACAUCGCGCUAGCCUUGGAGCAUCUUUCUGCCGUCUUAGCGGUGUUCGCAUAUCUCAAUGACAAUAUUGUCCGAGGGUACCUCCGGGACACCUACAACCUUAUCUACGAUCACUGGGAAUCACUAGACGCGAUGCUCAACGAACACAGAGCCAAGGAGGGUAAACUCGGCCCCGUCAGCGUGGCCAAUUUGUGGGCUGUCUACAUGGAGUUCCAUUUCAAGAUGAUGACCCAGCGUGCACACCAAUGGGUCAUCAGACACGUUGAAGCCCUUCGAGGGCCGAUCCUGGAAGAGCUUCGGGCCCAUCGAGGCGUGACAGAUGCAGAGGGGAAGCCGGACGAAACGCAUUGGAAGCUUACGAAUGAACUGCAACUUUUACUCGAAACGUCUGUCCGUGCCGACUAUACCAUCCUAAUGCCGAUGCAAGGCUAUAAAGGCGUUACGCCCCCAAAGCCCGGAAGCGGUCCGCCUGCUCUGUACGAUGCUGACAUAGAGAAGAGGGGGCCUGCUUUUGCUGAGCGUCUAAAGGUGCUUAGCUAUAAAAUUAUGUUCGAUAAGAUGUUAGACGCGGGCUUGAAAACAGAGGAGAAAUCUCUGGGCGAGACAUACUAUGAGUCGGCGAUGGAACAGAUCGAAGCACACAUGCAGGUUCGUGGGGAACUUCGCGGGGAUUCGCUGGAUAUGAUCAUUCCAGAGCCUUGGAUUGCAUCGAUCCGGUUGGAGAAAGAGGAGAACGCGACAAUUGAGCAUGGUCUGGCUAUAUACCGUCUGACACAUGGUCAGACGGAGUCCGAAUGGGCCGAAUUCGUCCGAGAACUCGAAUCUCACAUCUCUGACUGGGGCGAAGGCCAAACAGGCAGUGAGGAGAUCAAGCAGGAUUUGAAACUUACCUGGGUUGACGGCAAUGGCUUUGGGUUUGCUGAGGACGAUAUCGCCGCUGCCAAAACGCACUUCAAGCAAACAUUCUAUAGUGAUGACACCGGUGACAACAGCAACGGGCUCCUGGAUAGUCUGUUUCUGGCCAUUGACUCGGCCUCCUUUGCGUCCUACACCACCGACACCUAUCGCACUAACAACUCCUAUAUCCUACCAGGCGACUUGAACGGCUUUGUCUUGGCCGUUGACCCUGAAUAUGAUUCUCUGGAGGGUAUUGAGCGGCCAGACGAGUCACCUGGCUACUCCGGGCAAAUGCAUGUCCUCGGGAGCCUGGUUUGGGGUGACUUGUUUGCCUUGAUGGUGUCUCAAUCGACGGGUCUGGAGGGCCUGUGGCCGCUUGCGAUGGAACAUCCAAACCAGGUUUAUCAUGGACCGACUCUGCCGACGAAUUUUGAUUACACUUACUGGGGUAUAUUUCGGCUUGUGGCCUUCCUGGUUCUUGUGGGUAUUGUCUGCUGGUACUUGUUCCGGUACGUGGUCCGCGUGAUUCGGAGACUGGUCGUUGGCAUUUUGAGACGCGUCUGGUGA